GAGAGGACUCAUGUUACAUGAUCAUUCUUUCACUUUUGCUUUUGAUAUUCUGAUUCAAAAUUCUCUAUUCAGCCUUAAAUGCAAUUUUCAUUGCUUAUUCGCUUAUUGUUAGUCUGUCUCUUCAAGUCUUCAGCUCAGCGGGUCGUCAUUAUUCUUUUUCGCGAACUCAGCAUUUCUGCUGGCGUGCAGGCGCAGGCUCGGGCCUGUUUUGUUAACUCGGAUUUCGCCUCCAUUCCAUGAGUUCAAAGAUUUUGUUCUGAACUGCGUAACAAAGCACGUCUACAUUUAAAAAAACGAAAAUGGGCGGUGAGGACAAGAGAGCUGAAUUUGAGCUUCUGAAGAAGCACCUGAAGAGUAUAGUUGUUAUGUCAAAGAGAGUGCUCACCCCAGGAGGCCUGGCACAUGAAUACCAAGAUCAAAUUGGCAAGCCGAUGGACUUUGGUAAAUUUGGUGUAUACUCAAUGGUCAACUUGUUGAAGCUGAUGCCAGACACAUUCAUCUUGGUGCAAGCUGAAUCGCAAGGUCGAAGUAUAUUGACUGUCCAGUUGAAGGACUUCAGUAAAGUGGGCCACAUCCACGAAAUGGUUGUCAAUCAGCGCUGCAACAAAGUGUUUGGUAUGGUCAAGACAAACUGGAACACGUAUGCUCCCAACAAUCAUACAGCCAAUAGACCAACACAAGACCAGGACUACACACCUCGUAGAAGCCCAGACCGCUACUACCGCCCAAGGAGGCCAAGGAGCUCCAGUCCUGCGCCCCGACGUCGAAGUCACAGCCCUGAGCAGCAACGCCACCGUCGGUCUAGGUCACCCUCACGCAGCAAGUCUCGACCACGCCGGAGGUCGCGCAGUAGGAGACGCUCUCCCUCGCGACACAGGUCGGGCAGCAGGAAGCACCGACGCUCAUCCACUUCUUCAGAUUCCACCCAUUCCUCGCACUCUACCACAACUUCUGAAGAGCGCCAUAAAUCAUCUUCUAAGUUAAAGAAAAAAGUGGAAGAGCCGCCGCAAAACACCAACAACGCAACGAGCGGCGAGGAAUGGGCUCCCACUUUAGAGAGCACAAGUGAUGAGUCGCCAGUAAGGACUCAGCCGUCAGUAACCAGCAAUCUGGAAAUGUCAAAAAUCACACAGUUGACCAGAGUCUUGAUGGCAAUAAAUCUUCCUUUUGCGCCCAAAGGAAAGCAAGCCUCAGCUGAAUCGGACCCAAAGGCAGCAAAUAUCUCUGAGAGAGGUACAAAGAGGUCAAUGGACACAAUCCCAUUAGAAGGGAACGCGGCAACAACAACUGCUGCUGCUACUACCAGAGGAGAUGAAAUCGUUAACCCACCUGCAAAGAAGGUUGGAGAAGAGACCAUCUCAUCUUCUACAUCCGCUAGCAUUCCCCCCCUGAACCCUGCGAAACAAAACUUUGGCUCAUUUUACCAACAAACAAAUUAUGUCAGUCAGUCUGUUCGUGAUGAUAACGACUCUUUGGAUAGCAUGUCUAUCUCGACAUUCUGCAGCCAAGAGCCGCGGCGUCCGCUGAACGCGCCGGUGCAUGGCGCCACUCUGCCCAGUUAUGUGCUGAGAAACCUGACUCGUUUGAUACAGAAGUACCCAAAAGGAAUUGAGGCUUCUCAGCUCUGCAAUAUGUACAAAACCUGCUAUGACCAAGUUUUGAGAGUGCAAGACUAUGGGUUUAACACCCCUGAGGAAAUGGUCACCGCCAUGCCUGGUCAAUUCAUCAUGAGCGGCACAAACAACAACAUCAUGGUAUCCUGCCCUGCUGGUGCCCCAUCAGUCGCAACAGUCCCUAAAGCAACAGUUCAAACAGAAGUUGCCGCAGCCCCAAGAGCAGCAGUUCCUUCUGAUCCACGCCGGCUUCUACCUCUGGACUUAAAAAUGAGGAUUAGAGAAAUUUCUUCAUCUUUCAAAAAUGGCGCUACACCUGAAGCUAUUGAUCAGCGAUAUAAGGCGCUUUACAACACUGGCCUUGAUCCUGCUAGAUACGGCUUCAACACUCUCAAGGAAAUGCUUCAAAAUAUCGAUGGGAUUAAAGUGGAGACUUUGGGAGUUAUGACUAGGGUGAUGCCAAACAUCAGGACCACAGCCCCCAAUUUGAUAGAGACCACUAGGGCGAUGCCAAACAUCAGGACCACAGCCCCCAAUUUGAUAGAGACCAUUACUAUAAACGAUGAGUUCUUCAUAGACAAGCAUGAUAGAUUUGUCCGCGUCGGUUACGUCCUAGAUGCGAUGCCCAACAAGUUCACCCCGUCUCAGCCUAAUAUGUCUGUUGUUGUGUGUGAAGUCUACUCUCCCGCCCGCUUCUACAUCCAAUACCAAAAAUUCCAGACCAAAAUUGAUAUUUUGAUGGAGGAGCUAAGGAAAUGCUACAGUGGCAAUGUCAAUGACUUUCGUCUGGCCAGAAUGGAAGAGGGAGUGUAUGUGGCAACACAAUAUAUGCAAAAGUGGCACCGUGGUGUGAUUAGCAAAGUUCUAAGCCACACUACAGCUAUGGUUUCCUAUGUGGACUUUGGAACCGACGAAGAAAAGAACAUCACUGACCUUUACUACUUGCUGGACAAGCCUGCGCUUAAAGUGCACAUGAUGUCUGCAGUAGCAGAGCUUAACAACGUGAAGCCUUUAGGACCUGAGGGUUGGACCACCACCGCUAGAGAGAGAUUUUCUGAGCUUGUGGGUUCCAACUCCUUGGUUGCCAAAUACAGGUCUGGAGGAACGAUGCAAGGCCAAACUUUGAAGCUUAGCCUGUCCCAAGUAGACAUCACGACGCAGCGCAUAGUGCUUGAUGUGGCCGAGCACUUGAUUAACGAGGAGCACGCCACUUACAUCGAACCCAUGGCCAGCACUAGAGUUGAGCUUGUACCUCCAGAGACCAGGGCGCACAACGCUGAGCCUUCCACGCCCAGCUUCCAGCAAUCGAGUGUGCACGGCCGCUUUUCUAAUGUCGACCUGACACCUUCUAUGGAAGAGAUGCAUGCCCAACAGCAGGCUGUUGCCUUCACGGCCGAAGUUGGCAUGGUGACCAGCAUUUUGCAGGACAUCAAUCGGAAAUUGUCAACCAAGUAUGGUGAGCGCGUGGUUGUGGAGGCACUUGAAAAAGUUAGGCUUAAGCCAUUCGCUGACACUGAUGUAACCACUCUGAGCCACAUGAGCAACAUGCUGUGGAGCAGCUUGUUUCCACCGCUCGCGCCUCUCGCAGCCGGUGGCCAAAACCUGCUGGACCUAAAUAGCCGCUUGCCCUCCACCAGAGGCACCACAGUGGCUGCUGCCCCGAUGAUGCCAAUGAUGCCUUCCAUGGUGCCAAACAUGCAGCCCACAGCGGCUCGUGCCAACCUGGCAGCUCACCACCCACAGUUGGCGUCGAUGAUCACCCCCCAGGGCAUCAGACCACCCAUGGAACGCAAGCCCACUAUCAUGGACUUGGUGAAGGCGGAAUGUGGUAAUAGGCAAUAGCACACCCUUCUAUAUUAAAUACAUUAUUAAGUAAUUUUCAACAUAUCUAGAGUUAAAAUAUUAAAACCAUAUAUUUUAAGUGCAAAAUGUUCAAGAUAAUAUAAGCAAUGAAAUUUAAUUUUUUCAGUGAUGGGUGUUAAAAAAUAAAUUUGCAAAAACUCUUGCAUGAGAUGUAGUCUUUUAUUUAAUUUGAAACUUAUUUUGCUCGGGACAAAUUCAUAAAUCAGCUAGCUAGCUUUCUCUUCCCUCUGCACUUUUUGCUAUCUGCAGCCAACUCCCAAUUUCUUUGGCGCACAAUGAACUUCUGUUAUGAUCCAAUGGGGAACAACCACAAAGUGUUUUGAUUAUUGUCACGCCAGAGGAGCACAAGCGAAUAAAAAACAAAAUUGCCGCUUUCUCUCAAUUGAGCGGUGUGCGUUAAACGCUUGAGCCACAGCGUGUCUCUCAGGGAUCGCUCCAGCUUUGUUCCCUCUCCAUGCCAAACGCAUAUAAAAGGCGAGCACACGAGCCAAAUGCAGCUAAUUUUGAUCUCGCGGUGCAAUCAUGAAGUUCCUAGCCGCGUUUGCCUUCGUCCUAGCCACUUUGUGCAUCAGCCUCGGAUGGGGCAUGCCCGCACAAGACUUACAAACUGCUGCUUCAGGACACCACUCUCAUGGACAUGUGCAAAUCAAGGUUUACCGCGGUCCUGACUCUGGUCAUGGCAAUGAGAAGGAUGGACACCACGCACCCUUUGGAUACUGGGUUAAGCAGCCUGCUGAUGACGAGCACCACCACUGAUCUGUUCAGCUCCAAUAAUUAAUUCUAUUUUUUGUAAUUUUCAAAGAUUAUUUUUGCAAAUAAAUUGUUUUCCUGAAAUUGA